AUGCAGGCAAAGCUUGAACAUGGACUGGGCGUACCAGUACCAGAGAAGAAACUGCGGGAAAUUGCCAGAAAUGUGGGCAAUGUCUUGGGAAAGUUGGACUCUAUGGACGAUGUGAAAAAUCUGCACAGUGUUACUGAUCCUGUGCUCGAGACUGCAGAUAUACCGGACCUGGAAUCUGGGCACCGCGCUGCUGCAUCUAAUGCGCUAUGUGCUAUCAUCGACCAUUGUCGAAAUCACGGUUCUGAAAACGUGCUAAGUGCGAUACUAGAAGACUCGAUCUGGCUGAGAAUUUUUCAAAUCUAUCUCCACAGAUCUGGUGAAGCGAAAGGAAAAUCUAUGAGACAGAUUCUUGUGACGUUGACAAAUGUCAUCACGCAAGAUCAAAGUCCAAGUGCUUUGGCGCUGCGCGAGCAAGCUGCCAGUACAUUUCUGGACAUCAUCUGUGAACGACAAGAUCGAUUCAAAGUGAAGCCAGCUUUGCAAGGACUUGCCCACUUGUUACUCAAGAAUACCAUCUCUAUCGCACAGCUAGUCCAAAUAUACGAGAAACAGGCUGCCGCGCUGUCGCAAGGACCUGUAGCAUCCACUAGUCCACAGACGCUCUUCAAGAUCUUCCUAGGAUGGAUCGUACAUCAUGAGACCGCACUAUCUGCGGGUCAUUUGAUUAGGAAUUUCCUUAUUGAAGCUCGGCAAUUGCCGGACUAUAACGUGGAUAUAAAUAACGGCAGUACGGUGCCCCUAUGGAUUUCACCCGUGCUCGAAACGCUCCAAGAUUGGCCAGACCGUAUACUCGAAUUCAAGACACAUGUGUUUCCCCACUGCUUUCUACCAAAUAUCGAAGAGUAUCUGCGCUUCCUCUCCGUUCUGGAUUUUGUGACACACGUCCAACCACUGGGCACAAUCCCUGAGUCACUACACAAUCUCAACUGGAGUCAGUAUAACCUUAGCAAGGCAGAAAAAUUCAGGUUAUUACUUGCUGCAUUCGAGAGUGGAACGGAACUGUCUAUCCUUCGUGUUUUCGAUCAAAGAACAUCUGCCAGUAUACAAGUUCGUAAUGGAGCGUUAUUUCUUCCAGACAAUAUAUUCGGUGCUUGGAUGUCACAUGCCGAGCCUGAAGUCAGACUCGCUGGCAUGUUCCUCUCAAUAUAUUCUGUUUCAGUCACAAAACCUCUGAACUAUGGCGCCCUCAAGGCGCUGAGGCAGAAUCUGGUACAUCUUCAUACCGAAACCGACCCGUACUUUCGCCGGGAGGUACUUGGUAACACACAAAGGCUUUUUGAUAGGCUCCGAGCUUGCACAGCUACAAAUGCAAGAGCUAAGUGUAAACAAGUUGCAAAUAGUCAACACCGAAUAUCAGUGCCAAGAAUUUGUCGCGACCAAGAAUCCUCAUUCCGCAAACAAUUGUACCAGAAUGUUGAUCUGGGCCCAGUCACUUUCUUGACUUGGUACUUGGGGUUCUUGGAACGCGAAUUACGUCCAACUGCAACAUACCAGAGGAGGAUAACCGCAUUGCGAGCACUCACGAUUGUCUUGCGUUCCGGCCUUGAUCCCGGAGUACCUCAAUCUGAUCUCUCAAAGUCUGCUCAAGGACAGUUGAAUUGGGCUCAUGGUGUUCAAAUUGCGAAUGUCAGACUGGUACGAGUCCUGCUAGACCUGGUCCUUGACGCGUUCGACGACGUGCGCGACACAGCUGUCUUGGUGUUGAAACUUUGCCUUUCAGCUCUGCCACAAGAUGAACAGCAUGAGGUACUUGCCAUCUUGCCGGUGUUUCUGCAUCGAGCCGAGUCUCUUAUGCUUCGCACAGGGCGUGCUGAUCAAGCAGAUGGCAUCGCUCGGGCUUAUAGUCUGAUCUUUACCCUUGCAAACAACUAUUUCGAAACUUCAGGUCACACGCAAUUCUCAAGCAAACUCAAGUUGUUUGAGCACUUGAAGUCACAACUCCACGAAACACUAGAACUUGCUAAGACCAAUCUCUCCGAGGCUGUCAACCAUAGGCCUGUACAUGGAACAUUUGCGGCACUCACAUACAUUGUCGAUCAACCUGGCUUCUAUGAGAACAUAUCGAGCGAACCACAGCAAUCAAUCGUACAAUGGGUAAAGUCCCAUUGUGCUAUUGUGAAUAAUGUAGAGUCGCUAUGGUUGUGCGUCCACCACGUGCUUUGCGCAGAUGCACCCGAAGGCCAUGUUCCGGACGAGAUUGAAGAAGAGGCUAGCUUGGAUACUAAGGAAAUACUCAGUUAUUCAUGGCGUGGACUCAAAGAAGCCAGUACUCUUCUUGGAACUGUUGUGACCAAAGCUCCGAUUGGUCAUGGCGAUCGCGAUUUCUUAACGCCCGAGUCGUUCGAGCAGUUGGGCCGGCUCUGUUUCACUCAACUUCUAGAACUUCGUCAUCGCGGGGCAUUCUCUACAGUUUCCCAGACCUUUGCAGCCUUCUGUAGACGCUGCGUAACAUCGAGAAUCCCAGAACUACAAGCAUUGCCAGAGGCUUGGUAUCAGGAAACACUUCGCUCUAUCCAAGUCAAGGCAGAUGCUAUCACCCGAAGAUCUGCAGGCAUUCCCGCCCUCAUGACCGCAUUGCUUGCCGCAGAAGCGCAGCCUUCUGGGAGCUUAUUCCCUCGUGCUAUGCAAGAUCUCGUUGCGGAGACUUUGGUAGAAGCGAAAAGCGCUAAUAUUGAGGAUAGUCGACUACCUCAAGUUCAUGCACUCAACUGUAUCAAGGAAAUUUUCACAACAUCCAAAUUAAGCGUAGCAUCGGAAGCAUACAUCGGAAAGGGUCUUGAAUUGGCCGCCAGAAUGCUGAACUCUGAUAUAUGGCCCAUUCGCAAUUGUAGUCUCAUGCUUUUCAAAGCACUAAUCGAGAGACUUUUGGGUAGCGACGAAGCACAAGAUUGGAAGGAGCGCGAUCGGACGAAGACGUCUCGCUUUUCUUAUGACUUUUUCCCUGCCUUACCGAAGAUGCUCUCGGAUCUGCUCGAUCACAAUGGUCCACUGAAGCAAUCGAUGGCUGGUACGUUGGACAGUAACUCACCAUUCGAUCUCCACGGCGCCGAGGGUGUUUUCCCCGCGCUUCAGAUCUUGCGUCAAGCGAGACCACCCCAAGAGCACCUAGAUGUCAUUCAAAACGCGGUGACAGAGUUACUCUCAAGUCCGCAUUGGCAUUUACGAGAUAUGGCCGCACGUACCGUUGUUUCGAUGCGAGCAACAAGCCAACUCUAUGCCGUGAAGAUUUCUUUGUUGUCAACACUGCCUAUAUCUACGAACCGACAACAUGGUGUGCUCUUGGCCGUCAAAUAUAUGUACAUCAAGCUUUUGAAAAACUCGUCUGACUUCUCAACUGAAAAGCUCGGUACUCUGAUGGAGAAUUUGGGCACUUAUGCCAACGACUGGUAUACCACAAGCGACUGCCCAUUGAUUCGGUCAGCAUUCCUUGACAUCGUUUCCGUUUGUGGUAUUAAUAUGUUGCGCCGGCCGGAUGCUCUUUCAAUACUGCCUGCCUGGCAGCAACUCACCGCAUCUAUAUGUAUAGGACCGGCGUAUGCUCUCCGUGUUAGCCACCGUCCCGGCAACGCUCUACUUCAGACGUCUUUGGCGCAGAUAUUUUUUAUCGAUCGAGUUAUUAUGCGUGAUGACGCCUUAGACAGCUCAGUAUCCGAGGACUAUCAGGGUAUCGAUGAAGCACUCUUGAUGCUUGUCGCAGAUGACGCAGACACGUGCUGCGCAGCGCUAGAAACGCUUGAAACUGUCAUCAGGCUCGAGGCCACCAACGGACUCACCAUCCCUCUCGUGCUUGUCCUGACUGCUAUACAUAAAGUCAUUCUCAACGCUGCCGACCCCGAGGUCAUUGCAAAAGCGCAGGCAGUGCUUGCAUCCGCUCUUCAAGAUGACUACCUUCGUUUGGACUUCUUCAGAUCUAUCACCACACAUCCGACCAUCCUCACCCUCGAGAAACUGGAAACACAGUGCCUCAAGGAGCCACCGUCAAAUAAGCAAAGUGCACUACGUCUUCUCGGCUUCUUCCUAGACUUCGCGUACUACAACCUAUCUGGCCAGCGACGCAUAAUCCUGCUCGCUAUCUCACGAUACAUUCGCCUCCUCCGCAUAACCAUCAUCGACACCAACCCCUUCGAUACUCGCUUCGCUGCCGCGCAAUCCCUCGCCGCACUAUCACACAUCUACACAGCCACCCCUACAUCUACAGCCAUGGGACCCCUCAUCCUUGCCCUAAGCCUACUCCUCUACGACCUCCUCUCAGACGACGACGAUGAGAUCCGCGACCUAACUGCCAACACCACAAACAGCUUCCUCCGCUCCCAACGCAUUCAUAACCUCUCCCACCGCAAACCCCUCCAAAAUACACCCCCCUUACUAACCGCAUCUCGCCUUGCCCACUAUCUUUCCACCACCUUCCCCUCCUCCCCUUCCUCAGCAAACCUCCUCUCCACCGCCCUUCGGCGUCUCACAGACACCGCCCCCUACCCAACCCCCCUUUUCACAACCCCCUUCUCCAUCACCCUCGCUCAAAACCGUAAACAAGACUCGGCCCUCUUCGCAACAGAGAAACAAAAUCUCUACUACGACCCCACCCUCGACAUACCAAUAUGGACUUAUAUCCUCAAAUCCUGCACUGCGGUACCCCGCGGCGCAAGCGCACAUCUCGCUGCGUGGGUGCUGUCUGGUCUUGAGGUGUUGACGGGCACGGCGGAGAGGGAGCACGACGGCGCGUUGGGGUGGGUGAGCAAGGGUGAAGUUUUUGCGCUGGUGGGGCGGGUGCUUGGGGGCGCGGAGGUGGUGUUAGGGUGGAGAGGGGUGGAGAGGGAGCAGGUUUUGGUUGGGUUGGUGCGGUUUGCGGAAACGGGGAGACGGAGGGGUGUUCAUGGGUUGGUUGUGCAGAAGGUGGAAGGGAUUUUGGAGAGGGAUGUCUUGGGGAGUUUGAGGAGGGUGAGGGGUGGGUUGGUGGGAGUUUAA